CGUAGAGGCCGUACUCUAUAUUGAAGCUUCAAAUCUUUCGCGACCACCACAUCUAGAAUUGACAUCCGUGUGGAAUUGGCGGGAGGUCCAAUGCUCAACCAUCUACCAUGUUAUCCAGCAAAGGUCUCCGCUGGUCGUGUCAGCAAGGAGGAAAAGGAAACGGAAGACGGCGGAUAGAAAAUUUAGCUUCGACUACAAGACCAGUACGAUGCUUCCACCUCCACCUCCACCUCCACCUCCAAUGCCUACUCUAGGUAUUCAUUGCGGAUGCGCUGCUAACAAAUUCAGUUUUCUUCUACAACUCUACGAAAUGCGCCCAUUCCCAUUCCCACUCCCAUUGGAGCCAGCCCCCUCCUUUCGCAAGCUAGAUUUACAAUCUGUCGGCAGCCGACCAGAACCCAACUGUCGAUGGAAUCUCUUCUAAUACGAAAUGGCGCAACCAUGCGAUUUGCCUCGACGACUCCCCUGCCAGCAGUCUCUUCUACACCUAUACCACCAGAAUCUGCGGCUGCGGCUGCUACAACUCCUCUUUCAACUCCUGCCUCCGAACUUUUUACGUCUAUCGAGGAAACACUAUCCAAUAAUCCCUUACACCCCGACCAGAUCGGAUAUUUCGCAUCGCUUGGCAUCGAAUACGCAGGUUGGCGCCCAACCGGAGCCAUGUUAUGCGUAUUUGAACAUUUGCAUGUUUACACUGGGCUGCCAUGGUGGGCCGUCAUCGCUUUAACAGCGGCUGCCAUUAGAGCGGCAUUCUUCAGUCCUGCGAUUGGCGCUGCCGACAACAGCGCAAGAUUGCAAAAUAUCAAACCUAUCAUCGAACCAUUGAUGGAGGAGACGAAGGCAGCCUUAAAAAUCAAGGAUAUUGACGCAACGUUGAAAUAUCAGCGAAAAGUGGACCAAGUGAAGAAGGAGGCGGGAUUCAAACAAUCCAAAAUGUUCCUACCAAUGUUACAAAUAUUUCCUACAUCGGGGAGCUUCUUCGCUCUCCGCGCGGUAUCAGACGGACGAGUUCCAGCAUUGGAAACUGAAGGUCUUUUAUGGUUUCAGAACUUGACGCUGGCUGAUCCAUAUUUCGUACUUCCAUUGGCGACAUCCUUUCUGCUAUACUCUAACCUCAAGGUAAGAUCCCAACUCACACUCUCUCAAACGCCAUACUAAUUAGCAUUCCCACCACAGAAAGGCGGAGAAUUAGGAAGCUCCGCAGCGUUGAGCCCCCCAAUUCAAAAGGCAAUGCUAUACGGUUUCCCAGCCAUGAGUUUAGCAUUCACAUCUUGGUUACCUGCAGCUGUCCAACUAUCCUUCUGUGUUAGCGGACUUGGAGGCUACCUCCAAUCAUAUUUGAUAACAAUACCACAGUUCAGAAGGUGGUGGGGCAUGGUCCCCAUCCAAACAAAAGCACCCUUGGUGGUCGACCAAUCUGGUGCACCGAUGGAGAAUACCUCCCCAAUCGCCAAGUUCCGACAACACGGUGCUAAUAUUAGAGAGGCUGCUACGGGUGUCAAGGCGAAAUUUACCGCACUUACAUCAGAAAGUGGGGAUGAGAAGGCGAGGAGAAUAGCCGCGGCUUAUGAGGCGAGGAGACAGAAGCAGAUUGAGGAGGAGAGGAGAUUAGCUGAAGCGGAGGAGCAGAGGAGGAGAAGAAGGAAGAGAAAGGCGUCUAAGACACUGUAAAAGAGGGUUUUCUUUACGCAGUGUUGGUUGGAUGAAGUAGAGCCCAAUACUUCCUUUCCGU